UUAUUAUGGAUUUGAACAGGAAGAAUUUCGCAAGGCAACCUAUUUUACUGGUUAAAGGCUCUAGCGUUAAUUUAUCCCUGCUCUGGAAAGCCCAUAUAUUGUGCAUUCCAGUUUGCUGAUUUUUGCACUUCCAUGCAAAAUUCACAGCGCUUUCUAUCACCCUGGAGGCACGGGCAUCCUAAGGAAGGCUCUUCGCUAGCGCCCCGUCCUGCCCCUCCAUCCCGGGCGGGUGGGAGCGGCAGGGCAGGUUGCGCGGUGCCGGGAGAACCCACCUAGAGGGCCCCCUUGACGCCAGCACAGCCUCUGCCAGGCAGAGCCCUCUCCGCAGCCGAGCCCAGUCUGCUGCAGGACCAGUGCCACGCAGCCCGACACUGUCCGGGGCUGCUGCGGCUGCUGCUGCUGGACGAGGAGACCAGCAGCCCGAGGGCAGGCUGGAAAUUCUGGUCCGGGAAAGGGAAGUGUGAGCCUGUUGACUCUGCAUUGCUUCAAAAUAGAUGCCGUCUCUGUAGCCUGGGCUUAAGAAUCUUCCCGAGGAUGUUUGCCAGAGCGUAAGGAGUGAUAACUACUGUCUGGGAGCUGAAUUGGGAAAAAAGGACAGCAGAGAAAGAAUGCUUAGCAAGUGAUGCAUAAAUGGAUGGACGUGUACCUAGAAAACCCUGUGAGAAGUCUUUCACUGGAUCCUGGGAAUUUAUAUUUUUGUGGAUUACAGUAAUUCUUGCAAUAAUCCCUGCUGUUGACUGCUCAUGCAGUUGUUCUGGCAUGCAUCUAUGAAUACCAUAACAGAUAAAUCAGUCUGACAAGGAAAACACUAAUGUUGGAAGACCUGUGAACAUGAUGCAUGUGAAUAAUUUCCCCUUUAGGAGGCAUUCAUGGAUAUGCUUCGAUGUAGACAAUGGUACAUCAUCAGGACGAAGUCCCUUGGACCCCAUGACAAGUCCUGGGUCAGGACUCAUUCUUCAAGCAAAUUUUGUUCACAGUCAACGUAGGGAGUCUUUCCUUUACCGGUCAGACAGUGAUUAUGAUCUGUCUCCAAAGUCCAUGUCCAGGAAUUCCUCCAUUGCCAGUGAUAUACAUGGAGAUGACUUGAUUGUGACACCAUUUGCUCAGGUUCUGGCCAGCCUGCGUACUGUCCGGAAUAACUUUGCUGCAUUAACCAAUUUACAAGACCGCGCACCCAGCAAAAGAUCGCCAAUGUGUAGCCAACCAUCUAUUAACAAAGCAACAAUAACAGAGGAGGCCUACCAAAAACUGGCUAGCGAGACCAUGGAGGAGCUGGACUGGUGCCUGGACCAGCUGGAGACCCUGCAGACCAGGCACUCCGUCAGCGAAAUGGCCUCGAACAAGUUUAAAAGAAUGCUCAACCGUGAGCUGACCCAUCUCUCUGAAAUGAGCCGGUCAGGCAAUCAGGUCUCAGAAUAUAUAUCAAACACUUUCCUAGACAAGCAACACGAAGUUGAAAUCCCUUCUCCAACACAGAAAGAGAAAGAGAAAAAGAAGAGGCCAAUGUCCCAGAUCAGUGGAGUCAAAAAACUCAUGCACAGCUCCAGCCUAACUAAUUCCAGUAUUCCCAGGUUUGGAGUUAAAACAGACCAAGAAGACGUCCUUGCCAAGGAACUUGAAGAUUUGAACAAGUGGGGCCUUCAGGUCUUCAGAGUAGCAGAGUUAUCUGGAAACAGACCUCUGACUGUCAUCAUGCACACUAUUUUUCAGGAGCGGGACUUGUUAAAAACUUUUAAGAUUCCAGUAGAUACUUUAAUAACUUACUUGAUGACCCUGGAAGACCAUUACCAUGCAGAUGUGGCAUACCACAAUAACAUACAUGCUGCAGAUGUUGUUCAAUCUACCCAUGUCCUACUAUCAACCCCAGCAUUAGAGGCGGUAUUCACUGAUUUGGAGAUUCUUGCAGCAAUUUUUGCCAGUGCAAUACAUGAUGUAGAUCAUCCUGGGGUUUCAAACCAGUUUCUUAUCAACACAAAUUCUGAACUCGCCUUGAUGUACAAUGACUCAUCAGUACUGGAGAAUCAUCACUUAGCUGUGGGUUUCAAGCUGCUACAGGAAGAAAAUUGUGACAUUUUCCAAAAUUUGACCAAAAAACAGAGACAGUCAUUGAGGAAAAUGGUCAUUGACAUUGUACUUGCAACAGAUAUGUCUAAGCAUAUGAAUUUACUGGCUGAUUUAAAAACUAUGGUUGAAACUAAAAAAGUGACCAGUUCUGGUGUCCUGCUUCUUGAUAACUAUUCAGACAGGAUUCAGGUUCUUCAGAACAUGGUGCACUGUGCAGAUCUGAGCAACCCUACCAAGCCACUCCAUCUCUACCGCCAAUGGACAGACAGAAUAAUGGAGGAAUUUUUCCGUCAGGGAGACCGGGAAAGAGAGAGGGGAAUGGAGAUAAGUCCCAUGUGUGAUAAGCACAAUGCAUCUGUAGAAAAGUCACAGGUGGGUUUUAUAGAUUACAUUGUUCAUCCUCUGUGGGAGACAUGGGCAGAUCUCGUUCAUCCGGAUGCCCAGGAUAUCUUAGAUACACUGGAGGACAAUCGAGAAUGGUACCAGAGCACAAUCCCUCGAAGUCCCUCUCCUGCACCUGAAGAAAAGGAAGUGGGAAAGCAGGGUCAAACUGAAAAAUUCCAGUUUGAGCUAACACUGGAGGAAGAUGGGGAGUCAGACACUGAAAAAGACAGUGGAAGUCAAGUGGAAGAAGAUGCCAGCUUCAGUGACUCCAAGACUCUUUGUACCCAGGAUUCAGAAUCCACUGAAAUUCCUCUAGAUGAGCAAGUAGGGGAAGUGGAAGAGGAGGAUAACCAAGCAGCAGAGCCUUGUGUGGUAGAAGAACAUUCUCCUGACACAUAACAAUGAAAACACAGUAUCUUUCUCUCUUGCUCUCUCUCUUUCUUUUCCUCUUCUCUGUUUAGUUUUGUUUUGUUUUGGUUUUUUGUUUGUUUGUUUUGUUUUGUUUUUUGUGGGGGGUAGAGCUGGGGAAAUUUCACUUUCUUUUGGGGGGGGUUGUUUUUUUUUAAAUGUAGGUAAUGAUUUCCAAAUUACUACAACAACGUGGUCAGAACUUGGUGUUAUCUGCCAGGAUGAUUGUUGAUCAAAACUGAAGUUGAUGACUCAGUUUGGCACUCAGGAAUAUUGUAACCAGAAUUUUCACCUCCGUGGUGUCAGAAAGCAGGGGGAGAGCAUCCAUAAAUUACAUUUCAAUGAGAUCUCUAUUUGGCAGAUUCCACUGAAUACAGCAAAUGCUUUCAGAGGAGUACCACCUGCCAAAUGAAUGUUGGUAUGCUUUGAUAGUUUUUGAAUUCUUGUAUUGUAUUGUAAGAUAUUGGAUAAUGUUCGUCUUUGCAGGAAACAGAAAGAAAAAAUAUUGAGGUUCCGACUGAAAAACAAAUUCACAAAAAUGAUGGGACACAAAUGGGUUCUGUUAUCAACAUGAAGAUAAGCUGUGAAAAUUGCAUAAUUUUCUAAUUUCUAAUCUUCUGAGACAUGACUGAAAAAAAUGUGACCCAGUGGGUUGCACUAACCUCUCCAUUUUGUAUAAUAUGCGAGAGAGAUCUUUUUUAGAGCUUACUUUUAUUAAAUAUACCAAGGUAUUAUAUUUAAAAAAAACCACUUUUAUCUGCCACUGGUUAUUUUUUUCCAAGGAGUAACUUACAAGUUUUCAGUACAAAAUCUGUACUACACAGGAUAAUACUUCUAGGGGUUUUUUCUUUAAUUCUCUCUCUCUCUUUUUUUUUUUUUUUUCUUUUUUUUUUUUCUUUUUUUUUUUUGAAUUUUUAAAUAUUUUUUUGGCACCUUAGAAUGUCAUGGUAAUAUUGAGCUGUAAAGGUCUAUUAUUUUAUAUAUUAGUGAGUUCCAUGAAUAUUUUUUGUGUUGCAUAAAACUUUGUCAGUAUGAUAGCUUUUAGUGUUUAUUUGGUUUUUUUAUCACAAUUUUCCCAGAUGUGUUAGUGGACUUAUAUAGUGAUUUUGCCCUCAUAGUGGCCUGAUCCUGCCAACUCUGUCUUAUUGCAAGAAGUGGUCCCAGUGAUACCAACUGGGACCUCUAACACUAGGAUUUACAGGACCAGAGCCUGUAAAACGAGUAAUGAAUUGUCAUCACUACAAAAGCACCUCUUUUGGUAUUCCAACAAAAUUUGUUCCUCUGAAAUAUGGUUUUUCAGACUGCUUUUGUCUGGGAGCUAUAGACUGCUAAAUCAGAACAGACUAAUACAAUGUAUGAAAUAUUUGUUCUGGUACGAAAAAAACAUUAGUGUAAUAUUUCCAGUUUAUUACUCCCAGUAACUUUUAAUCUGGGUAGCUAUCUAGUUAAACCAUUUGCUAAUCUGAGAGGUGUAUGACAUAAAGAUAAUGAUAAGUGUUAUUUUUUCAUGUCUUUGUUGCAAGAAGAGCCAGACCAGUCUUGUCUUUUUAUAUUGUUAUAUAAAUGAGCAGUGCAUCAUCAGAGUUGCAGUUUUCUCCACACUGUUUCAAUCUUAGAUCUUUUCAUCCUUUAUCCAGUUUGUGCUAAGGGAAUCCUACCUUUCAGUUUGAUUGGUACUGAAAGCUUCCAUAACUUGGAAAGCUAAAGGGAGGUAGGACUUCAUAUUUGUCAUUUUUCAGUUGUUUGGCCACAUGGAAGAAGAGAUUUUAUUUCCUCCACUUUACUCUUCAUUAGGUUUGUAGUUUUGAGUGUAGAAGAUGGGAAAUAGUUGCCUAGCUAGCUAAGGAGGCUAGCAGACUCCCAUGCUGUAAAAUUCUGUUAAAAUGACAAGGUAAUUUCUUAACAAAAGGUGACAGCAGCAGCCAUUAUUUUCCCUUUGGAUUUUUUUGUAGCAAAUGUGCAGAUAUGAAUGCAGGUACUUUUAAAUUAACAGAGGUCUAUAAUAAAAACCAGUUUUAAACCUGAAACUUCUAAUUGGCUAAUCAUUCAACUUUUAAAUAAAAUUUGCAUUCUUCUAUAUCCAGGUCAUAAUUUUCUUUACCAUUAGACUCACAGGGCCUUAGCACAGAACAUGCAGAAGGAGUAAAAGAAUGAAGAUAACUCAUGGGGUUUUUUUAUGUUUUGACUUUUUUUUUAAUUCUUUUUUUUUUUCUUUUUUUCAUCAUUUCUUGCUGAACCUGAUCCAUCUAAAAGUCCUUUCAGCCCCCAAGAGUGCCUGGAACCUCAGUAGUGGAAAAGCAAUAGAAAUUCCAGAAUAAUCAGUAGGACCUGGAAGGUUGUUUCUGCACUAAUUGAAAGUAAAUAAACAUAAAACCAUAUUGUGAGAUAUCCACCCGUACAUGUGGACAAUCAAAUCAUAGAAAAUGAUACCAUUUCUUAGAGUUGGGGAUAUAAUGCACUGUACAAUCUUUUUUUUCCUCUUUUGCCAAAGUGUGUUUUAGCAUUGUACACUGCUUUAAAACAAUACAAUUUACAAGUGGCUUUAUGUGUUGUGAAUAUUUUUGCCAUAAAAAAAUGCAGUGAGUGGAUAUGGAGUGGGAGGAAAAAAGAAAAAUCAUCUUGUUUAUAAAAGUACACUUUAGCUUGCAAGUUGCUGUACUCAAUAAUGCUGUAUUUAAAUUCUUAAAUUGUUUUGUGUCACUAAAAAAAGGAUAGUGAAAGAAUAUAGAUAGAACAAAUAGCAUUCAGAAGUUUAAAAACUUGAAUGAAGUGGAUUUUAUAGAAAGCUUUGACAAUUCUUUUCAAAUGCGUUAUUUAUUUUUUUGUGCCAUGCAUUUUUCUCACCAAAUGACCUUACCUGUAAUACAGUCUUGUUUGUCUCUGUUUACAACCAUGUAUUUAUUGUAAUGUACAUACUGUAAUGUUAAUUGUAAAUUAUCAGUUCUUAUUAUAACAUCAUCCUUGUCAGGGUGGUGUUGCUGUAUCUGGAAACUCUUGGUGAGAGAAUGACUAUUGUGUAUACAUAUUCCUUGUACAUUUCUUCUCCUGUAAUAUAUUCAGUGUCACCACAGAGCUCGUUUAUGGAAGAUUCAAGAAAAGUAUAAAAUACAUAAAGAUAUAUCGAUUUAAAAAGCUGCAGGUCUUUGGUCCCAGGGCUGUGCCUUAACUUUAAACAAUAUUUUCUUGUUUAGCUGCAUUUGAAAAGUAAGGUAGCCUUGGGGCUGGGGCUGGGCAUUUAUACCAUAUUUUUAGUUGCUAACCGAUGGGGGAUACUCUUACGAGCUAAUAUGUGUAAUACUACAAUAAAUUUUCAUUCUUGACCCUGCUGGAAGUUCAAGCUUUUGCAGACUUCUGGUAAUGUAAUUGUAUUAUCUCUGAAUAUCUUUUUACAGCCUGUAAUUGGGGAUUAUUGCAGCCAUUUUUUGUUCCUAAAAAAGAUAAAUAAUUGAUGCUGCAUUUCAGUGCUGAAAUGCACUGAAACAGCUUUGGAAAGCAUCUCUAAUAAACAUUUGAUUUUAAUGCAUAUUGUGAAAUGGAAUGAUCAGAGUUAAGAGGGUGUAACUCAUACACUUUUACAAUUGUCUGUAAUGUCUCUUCUUUAGUAGCACAAAUGAUCACUGUAUAAGCAGAAUCCAUAGUAGGAUAUACAACUUCAGUCUUGGAAAUGCUUUCCAAUAUUAGUGUUACAAGUAGCCAAAGUUCAUUUUAUAUAGGUGUAGCUAAAGCUUUGUGCAGGUGUGUGUAGCAUAGUGCACUAGCUCUACAGAAGAGCAGUAAACUGUUAGAUGUUUUAAUAACACUUCUAUUAGGUUUGCAGGUUGGACUGAGCAGCUCUUGCUGUUUAACUUGUCACAUUGCUCCAAAUAACUCAGAGCUGGUAUCACUGAAUUUGCCAGAGUGAGGUAAAUACCUCUUCUCCUUUUCAGUGAUGCAUAGCCCCUGUAACUUGCAACUUAUUCGUGAAAGGAGAGAUUCUUUUCCAAGAAAAAAAUGGAAUCUCCUUUUUGACACAAACUGUAGAUUUUAGCAGCCCUGGCCCAAAGGAAUUCGAAUGCUUUUGUUUUAUAUGGUCUAAAAGGGACACUAAAACAACAGAAAUCCUGAACAAUUUCUUGUUACUGUUUUAAUUCGGUAUUUUCUUUGGGGAUGUCUUGAGAGUGGCAACUUGUGUGAACAUUGCACAUGGCUAUUCUUUCACUGGUUUCUUAGCCUCUCUUACAGCCUAUGGGUUAGUACUGUACAUCAAUACCUUCAUAUGAGAUUUUAUAUGCAAUGGAAAUAAAAGCAUGUGUUGAUUCUGCCUA